UUUGAGAUUUGAGACCCGGAGCCGCAUAGGAAAGCAAAACAAGUUUCUUCCGACGCUAUGGGCUGCGUCGACGUCAGCGUUGCGGCAACAUUUGUUAACCUGUUUUUUAUUAUAGAUUUUGUGUUGUUGCUGCGAGUAUUUGAUUUGGCCCGAAUGCACGAUGGUGUAGGUAGGGGGGGUGUUGCCCGCUCUGCAACCAGACCCGACUUUGGCUGCUGCCGCUUGGUAACACUCGCUCCGUUGAUCUUGUCAACUUGACCAAGUUAUUUGAACUAUGCACAUGUGCAGACCAUAGAGAGUCGGGCCAUUCCAACCCAGGCGGGCCAAGCCGAGUCAUUUGAAGGCUGUUUGCCGGAGCUGGGAGCCAAGAGUUUAGCUCGGAGAUCUUUGAGAGCCAGAGCCUAUGGAUAUGGAUAUGUCUGUGCGGAUCUUUGGGGCCUGGCCUGGACUUAUGCUGCUGCUGCUGCUGCAAUGCUGCGACGUCGGCGACGACGCAAAGUGAAUGUACUUUCAAACCAAAGAUCCGGUUUAAAGCUGCCCGGGCAACAGAUACAGCGCAGACAAACGACGAUGACAACGGCGAUGUUUUCACAAAAACGCUUGUGUAAUACAUAUGGAGAGGCAUAGGUGCACGAUAAAGUUAACCAGCAUAGACCAGCAGCACUUUUUUUCGGCCUUAUCGUCCCUGGAAAUGCUUGACAAUAAAUUAGAUUUUGUGCAAAUUCUCCCGUCCGAUCGAUCCACUCGAUGGUGUCCGUCCGCCAUGAUGGUGCAAAUAGUGGAAAGGAAUCCGAGCACCGGACGAGAAAUAUACUAUACUAUACCUCAGGCAAAUCGCAAGUUCGUGUGAUUUAUAUCAUAACAAAAGGUGGAGGGGCGCAAUGCCAGAUCGAAUAUCGGAUACCCUUUGUGCAACUAAAUACUAACCAUUGUAUUAUAAGAACAUGAUAAAGCAAAUUACACCAAAAAGAACAUUUAAUAUUACCAUCUUCUAAGUUUUAUAAUAGAUAAAAUGAAAUAGUAAAUUAGCAAUUUACCUCAUAAUGUAAAUUUUUAGGAAAAGAAAU